AUGGACAGAGAACAAGAAGAAAUGCAAUUCCUAGGCCCUUUUGGCAUCUGCAGAGAAGCCUACAAGAUCAUCAUCUCAUGGAGGAAGAUCUUUACCAAAAUCACUCUAGCUUUGAUCCUCCCACUCUCCUUCAUCCUCCUAGCUCACAUCAAAGUCUCCGAAUUACUCAAAUCUAGGAUCAUACACAACGAAGCCGAAUUAAUAGACGCACAAGCCGGCACGCAGAGGUACAACAAGCUCUCCAAUCUCAUACCAUCCGAAAGGACCACCUAUUGGCUCUUCCAACUUGCAUGUACCAUCUCACUCUUCAUCUUGUCUCAUCUCUCCACUUCUGCUGUAGUUUACACCAUUGCAUGCAUUUACACGGCUCGCGAAGUGACCUUCAAGAAGGUCAUGAGUGUCGUCCCAAAGGUUUGGAAGAGACUCGUGCUCACUUUCUUGUCCACGUUCUUGGCUUUCUUUGCUUAUACCCUAGUUUUCGCAAUAAUCAUAAUCGUAUGUGCAUUCUUAUGGGCACACACAGCUGGUACUACUAGUGUUAGUAUUAGUCUUAAUACCACUCUGGUGAUUUUCUCCAUUAUACUGAUCAUAUAUGGUUUAGGGGCUUUGUAUAUGAUCAUUAUUUGGCAGUUGGCUAUCGCGGUGUCUGUGUUAGAAGACUCCUAUGGGUUUCAGGCCAACCUCAUAAAAGGAAAGAGAGAGACUCCCUUUAUAGGAAAUGAGGGAGAUGAAUCUUUGGCUGAGAUUGAAGAUAUUGCAUGGACGGUGGAGAUUCAAGAUGCUUUAGAGAUAAGAUGGCUUGAAUUAUUGCUGAACUAUUGA